UUUUGACCCCUACUGUGUCUUUUAUUGACCCUGCAUGGUGCCACAUGAUGUGCACAACAGCCCUCCUCCCAUCCACUAUGACCUGCAGAGCACUCCUAUCCACGGACCCCCGCUACACGUAGUGGACAGAGACUAUGCCUAUCUAGUGAGGCAGAGAGAACGCGAGAUCCAGUGGCACAAGACCACUACCUUCACUACCUCAGACACUCUCAGGCUCUCCGACUGUGGAACAGGAGAGAAACAGCAGCCUGUGGACGCAGAGGGACUGGGCUUGGGGCUGCUCCUCUGAAAGCUCCCUCCAACUCCCCCACUGUCUCCAGUGAUGUUCUCUGGCCAGGUGGAGCAGAUAAGAGACGAAGAGG